CGCAGAACUUUGAUGGUUGGUAAGUGUAGAGGAGAACUCAGACAGUUUCUGUAUUCUUCGGAUUCAUUUGCUCAUAGACAGCGGUUCUUGUGGGGACAAAAUCGCACUUGAGGUGAUGUCAAAUUCCACAGUGACAAACAAUCCCAGUAAGUUGCCCACAGAAGCCUUGCCUGAACCGGGUCCUGAUUGGCCAGUUGCGCGGGAAAUUUGGGGUCAGGCAUGGGAACUACACUGGAUUGGGUUUGGAAUCCUAUUUGGCCUCCUCGCCAUUCAUGCAUUUAUUGCUGUAGCUUUCGCUAACCGCAGAAAAGGAUUUGGCUCAAAGCCUUUGUUCCUUGCCAUCAACCUGUUGCUGUUCGGUCUGGGAUCUACUAGAUCUGCGUAUCUAUUGUUAGAUCCUUACGAGUCGAGACAAAAUGGUAUCGAAGAUCCAAAAUGGCUGACACUACUUCUUUUUGGAGUUGCUUACCCUUGCCUAACAUCAGCAUUUUCUCUAAUUCAACUGGCUUUUCUUGAAGUCACUAAAAUGCAGAUCGUCCCAAACAAGUUGCAGAAUGUGAAAUUUUUAUCUGCUGUCAUUGUUCUACAUUUUAUCAUUGUCUUCACCGCAGAGACAUCAGCGUCCAUAAAACCAGAACUGGAUCCUCUCCUGAUCGUGUGCCAAUCAUUCUUCAUUAUCUGGGGUUUGUUUCUAUCCGGUAGCUUCAUCUAUAGUGGAUGCCGAGUCAUGAACAGCGUAGAGAAUGUUCAGCGGCAACUUAUUGCCAUGGAGAGAAGUGUACGUCCUUCAUUAAAUACGACAAGCAAGGCCAGCACAACAAAAGUGGCUAAGAUUACACUUGGUACCAGUUUCCUAGGCCUUGCAGUGUGUGGGCUGCAGUUCUAUUCUAUGUUAGGUGUUUACAGUAUGUACAGCAAAGUCGUCCAUCCUUCUCCCUGGCCGUGGCUGGCUUUUCAGUCGAGCUUUCGCUUGGUAGAGCUUGCCAUGGCAGGUACGAUAGCUUACAGUGCAAUGCAAACAGAAAGAGGGAAAACAAGGAUCAACAAUUGGGCUGAGCGACGAGUUAUGUCGACGGCAAUGAUAAAACCAUCGCUUGUCCCAGUGGAGCUCGCCGCUACCAACGCAGUAGCUGCUGUUUAA